AUGGGAGUGGUGAAACAGAGAGCGAGGGGGAACCAGCGGGUAAGUAACGGGAAUGGUGCGAAUAGGAAGGUGGGGGGACAACGGGGAAGCAGCGCGAGGGGAAGCGGGGAAGCUGUGCGAGGGACGCUGGGAGCCGCGCGAGGAGAAGCGGGGAUGCAGCGUGAGAGGAAGCGGGGAAGCAUCGCGAGGGGAAGCGGGGAGGCUGCGUGGGGGACACUGAGAAGCAGCCGCACCAGGGGAAGCGGGGAUGCAGCGGGCGGGUCCACAGCGGCUCAGGGGACCGUCGCGGGCGCCAGGGGCGGGUCCGCGGCGGCGCAGGGCACCAUCGCGGGCGCCAGGGGCGGGUCCGCGGCGGCGCAGGGCACCGUCGCGGGCGCCAGGGGCGGGUCCGCGGCGGCUCAGGGCACAGUCGCGGGCGCCAGGGGCGGGUCCGCGACGGCACGCGUUGUGCAUUUCCUUUACGAGACCUUUUUGUAG